AUGUUGGUUACAAGCUCAACCACAAGGAAACAUCACAACUUGGAGAAGGUUCAAUUUCUGGGACAUGUGAUUUUGAAAGAAGGCAUUGUUGUAGAUCCUUCUAAAGUUGAAGAUGUUUUGAAGUGGGAAUCACCUAAGGCAGUCACUGAAAUUAAGAGUUUCUUAGGUCUUGCCGGAUACUAUCGCCAUUUCAUUGAAGGUUUCUCAAAGAUAGCCACGCCUUUGACUCGCUUGACUCGCAAAGAUCAACCUUUUGAGUGGAAUCAAAAGUGUGAGGACGCUUUCCAAAAGUUGAAGGUGAGAUUAACUUCUGCACCAAUCUUGAUUCUUUCCGAUCCUUAA